UUUUUUAUUUAAUCAGAGAAAGUCACCCCAUUUUCAGACCCUCCUCUCUCUAUCUACGAUUCUUCUGCAUCUCUCCCCCUUUUCUCUCACACACUUUCUCCCAAAACCAUGACUGCUUCUUCUCUCUUUCUCCUCCAAGCCUCCCUUAUGGGUCACGAUCUCCGAUCUCUUUUUUCCAUCUACCAAACUCUGAUAGCUCUCUCUCCAUUAUGAACACAGAUUGCCGCCGAAAAAUUUAUUUGUCGCACUGAUCCACGCACAUCUCGCCGACUCCGCAAAUGCCGCCGCAACAACAAAUGACCUUCGUAAUUGUCACCGGUUCUAAUGAAGGUCCACACAGUUAUAGUUACUUGAAUCAAGAGAAAAAGAGCACAGAUAUGAUUCAGUAUUUAUACAAAUUGGAUGCAGAGGUACUUGGUGUUGAUCCAAGAGAAGUUGAUGUUCCUGUGGUAGGAGGUCAUGCAGGAGUCACAAUAUUGCCUCUUUUAUCACAGGCUAAGUCUCCCAGUAGCUUCACUGCAGAAGAAACCGAAUACCUGACAAAUCGCAUUCAAAAUGGUGGAACAGAAGUUGUUGAGCUUUGGCAAAUAUUCAUGAGAACAAGAAACAACCACAAGAUGUAGAGUCAAUUGAUGGAGGAAUGUGAGGAAGGUGAUGAAGGGAUGAAGGACAGAAAUGUUGAUAAGUUAGUUGCCUAUUAUAGUUGGCUUGAAAAGCCAUGUGAGAUUCUUGAAGGGAAGGAAGAGAAAGAGGUAGUUGCUGGGUUGGAUAUAUGACGCUAUAUAACGUGAGUGUAAUUUAUUAAGAUCUGAUACUGCACAUGCCCGUCAUAGUUUGAGAGGUAUAUAUGUUUCAUCUUUUUGUUGUUUGCUUCUUUCUCUAAUAUAUCUAUAAGAUCUUGAUAUAUGAGUCUCAAACGGAAAACUCGAAGGCAUUUUGUGUUAUUGUGACAUUGAGUUUUUUAUAUUUGGUGUUCAGAAGAAGAUUAUAUUUCUGAAAGUAUAUCGUAGUGAUUAUGUACAGUUUUUUUUUUUUUUUUUUUUUCAAAUCUAAAAUCAGCCACAACGA